ACUUUUGAAGGUCAUGAUGCCUCUGUGUUGAAGGUCAUCUUUGUGAGCGGAGGAGGACAGGUGCUUAGCAGUGGUGCCGAUGGUCUCCUGAAACUCUGGACAAUCAAAAACAAUGAGUGUGUGAAGACCUUAGAUGCCCAUGAGGAUAAAGUAUGGGGCUUGCAUGCUAACAAGAAGGAUGAUACCGUGGUGACCGGCUCCACUGAUUCACGGGUCUUGUUGUGGAAGGAUGUCACUCAAGCAGAACUUGAAGAAGAGCAAGCAAAGCAAGAGGAACAGAUCCUGAAAGACCAGGAGCUGGCUAAUUUGCUGCACAAGAAGCAGUUCCUGAAAGCUCUGGGCUUGGCGAUCUCCCUGGACCGGCCUCAUACAGUGCUGACAGUUGUCAAGGCCAUUCUAAAGGAGCCUGGCGGGAAAGAAGACUUGGCAAAGAACUUGACGAAGUUGCGGAAAGACCAGAAAGAGGCUGUUCUAAAGUUUUCUGUCACUUGGAACACCAACACACGGAAUUGCCAUGAAGCUCAGGCAGUGGUUGAAAUCCUCCUCAAGCAUGAAAGCCCAGAGGAUCUCUUGAAGUACGAAGGGAUCAAAACUGCGGUGGAGUCCCUCCUGCCAUACACAGAACGCCACUACCAAAGGCUGGGCCGGUUACUCCAGGCCUCCAUGUUCCUCGAUUUCAUGUGGCAAAACAUGAGGCUGGCUGAGGCUCCCAGGUGGGACGAAGACAUGGAGACAUGACUACUGAAGCUCAUCUGCCAGUACUUGCCCACAUCCCAAAACAGGUUGACGCUCCCUCAUCAGCAAUGUUUUAAAGAAUGUUUUACAUAAU